GUUAGGUGCAAGUAGACACCAGAAAUACCUGCACAGCUCCAAUUUUACCUGCACUAACCUGCAUAUGCAGGUGGUAUUUCGAGCCCUGACAUUGUUGGUUGAUUUUCCAGAUCUGCAGUAAGCGCUUCACGUACGCCUCCCACUUACAGAACCACAUGUCAGUCCACUCUGUGGACAGGCCACACAAGUGUCCUCAAUGUCCCGCCAGCUUCAAGAGGAAAGAUCAGCUCAAGUUCCACCAGAGGAUUCACUCAGGUUUCAGGCCCUACCAGUGCAAGCUGUGUGAGAAGACCUUCUAUCACUCAGGAUCCUACAAUGAACACGUGAAAGUCCACACAGGCACCAAAGCACACCAAUGUCGCUUCUGCAGCAAGGGCUUCACUAGUCGUAACAACAUGCUCCGUCACCAAGAGCUACAUUCAACCGAGGGGAGGUACAAGAUAGCUUACAAGUGUAAAGAAUGCAAGGCAAAAUUCCCAUCCAGGAAAAUGGUCUCCCUACAUCAGAAGCAGGAGCACGGUGACAAGAAAUGUUUUGUCUGUGGGGAGAUGUGCAAAGGUGGGAGGGAAGGCUUGAUAGAGCACACCCGGUUCCUGCAUUCUGGGGAGAAGAAAAGGCUCAGCGACGGAAACGAUGCAUCCGGCUCUCAGCAGGGGGUCGUUUACCAGUGUACCAUGUGCGAGAGUGUGUUUGACGUGAGGGCCGACCUAGUGGAACAUGUAAAAACCCACGCAAAUGAUCCAAUUCUGAAGUGUCCAUACUGCCAGGAGAGACACAGAGGAACGUACAAGCUAAAUGUACACAUGAACAUGCACGCAGGACAGAGAAUGAUGGUUCCUAAGCUGGACACCAGUAGUGGUGCUAUAGUAAUUGUCAUGCCAGGCCAGGACCAGGAGAGUGGGUCCCUUAAGACUGCAGGGCCUGUAGAAGAGACAACUUCAGAAAAUUCAGCAGCAGAGAAAGUUGUGCCUGAAGGAGGGAAGGUUUGUGUGUUGGGAGAUGUUCCAGAGAGUAUAGAUAAGGAGGAAGUGCCCACGGCUGCUGGAGAGGGGACCAUGUUGGGGACAGACAGUGCAGAUGGUUCAGUGCAAGACCAGGCUUCUAGUAGUUCUACAAACAAAGCCAGACAGAGCAAAGCAAGACCAGCAAAGGGAACUGUUGCAGAGAAGUUAGGACAGUUGAGAUCACAAAAUGGGGACAACAGAAAUGUUGAGGAGACACCAGUGACUGGGAGGAGAGGAAGGGGGAGAGGCAGAUCUAGAGGCCGAGGGAGACGAAGCUCCAGACCCCCCCUCCCAGGCUACCGCCCCAUCCUCCCCAGCAGCCUCAUGAACCCACCCAAGACUCCGCAGCAGCCCAUCAUCAUCCUGCAGUCCGCGGCUGGAGUGUCCGGAGUGGGACAGCCCGUGAUGCUGACCGUACCCCCGGCCUCGCCAGGUGGGGUGGUCAUCAUGCCUCGCCAACAAGUGGGAGGGCUGACUCUGCCUCAACAGGCUGGUCAUGUUGUUCUGACUGCUAAGCCUGGACAAUGAGUAUAGUAUUUUGGGAAGGACAACCUCAAGCCAACCGUUCACACUUACGCCACAUCUUCAGAGAACACGCUGGAGCCAUGUUGUGUAUUGGUACGAAUUAAGUUCCUAAACGGGAACAUGCGGCUCCAGCGUCUUUUCUGAAGAUGUGGCAUAAGUGUGAGGUUGUCCUUCCCCACAUACUAUGCUAAGCCUGGACAGUGAGAUUCAUUUUCUAUGCAAGCAUACUGUACAUCAAAGUUGGCCUGGUGGUAGGGCUGCAUACCAAUAUAUCACGAAAGUCCAUGUUCAAAAUUCAAGAACAUGUACUGUACCUAUAUUCUAGGGUAUAACAUGUUGAUCUAUUUUGUUUUUAAAACAUGUUAUUCCAACCACAACAAUGAAAAUUGAUCAUUGGAAAAGGAAAACAUUGUGUGGGCAGCACCGUCUGUGAUUUAACACCCUCUCGAAAGCGUGGGCUCUCUGCGUAAGAUAUCAAAGGAAUGAAUCAACAUUCUGUUGUCUACACGACAGGUUACUUGGCAAAUUAUUCAGGACAGUUACAGGUCUGGUACCUCAUGUUAUGUUUAGGUAUGCAGUCCUAUCUAGGAACAAAACAUGUUGAGUCCACAUCCUUGUUGCACAAAAUGUGCAUGGAAGGUUGACCUCCAUUGUGUUGGAACAAAUCUCAGAAGUUUCUUAUAUUGUCAACAUGUUUCGUAGAAAGUACUGUUUUGUCCAUGUUACUUGCUGCUUGUCUCUUCAUCCCUAUCAUUUACAUUUCAUGCAGAAGUGACCAGAGAGUUUGUUUGUUUGAAUCUUUAUUUAUUUAUUCAUGAGAAGUUACCAGAAUGAAGCAGAUUUAAAUGGUUGACCCACAUGAUAGAUUUUCUCACUGUCAACUUGUUUAACGAAUGAGAAAGUACAUUCAUCUUUAUAAAGUACCAAUGUAGUUGUUAUUAUUAAUUGCCUGUUGGCACAUUGCAUUUUGCUAUACACUAACUUAAAGAUGAAAGAAAAAAUUAGAAUGCAGUGUUUUACGGGAUGUUUCUGUAACAUUAGCUUUCCAUGCAGGCGAUAUGAAUUUCAGUCAUGUAAGCAAAGUUUCACAUGUCUGCAAAGAUAAGUACAAAAUGUAUUUGCGUCAUGAAUUGAUGAUGGACAGGUCACUGUGAAAAUAAAACUGCUGUGAAAGUUUCAAGAUUUACAGUUUAUCCAAGGAGCUUCUUGGUACAUGAUGUAUAUCUUGUUCAAAACUGAGCCUCAGUUAGUCAAAAUGGAAAUUUGAGAAUGCAACACUGGUCCAUUACUAAUCAUUAUGUAUCAAAGGUCCCACUUAUGUUGCUACAAGG